GGUGAGAGCUACGGAAUGCCCUCAUUAGCAUCUGAUCAGAUCACGUAUUUGCCUAAGGGUUAUUUGGACCAUAAGCGGAAGUAUAAAAGAAGGCGAUGCCCAGGAAACAGCAUGAUUUGCUCUUGUGCUUCAUCAACUCUCAUAACUUCUACCACCAACCACCACAAUCCCUCAAUCACCAUGAAAUUCCUCGUCGUCCUCCUCUCUGUCGCUGCCGUCGCUUACGCCGGAGAAACCGAACUGGUCCGCGAAAAGCGCGGUCUCUUCUACGCCGACAGCCCCUACGCCUACGCUCCAGCCGCCUACCACCACGCUUACGCCGCCCCCGCCUUCGCCCCGGCUGCCGUCCACCAUGCCUUCGCUCCUGCCGCCUACGCCGCCCCUGCAGCCUACGGCCGUGCGUUCGCUCCUGCCGCCUACGCUGCCGCCCCUGCCGCCUACGCUGCCGCCCCUGCCGCCUACGCUGCCGCUCCUGCCGCCUACGCCGCCGCUGCUCCCGCCUCCGUCGUAGCAGCCGCCCCUGCCGCUUUCGUGGCUGACGCUCCCGCCUCCGUCGUAGCAGCCGCCCCUGCCGCUUUCGUGGCUGACGCUCCCGCCUCCGUCGUAGCAGCCGCUCCCGCCCCAGUAGUAGCAGCAGCUCCCGCCCCGGUAGUAGCAGCAGCCCCCGCCCCAGUAGUAGCAGCAGCCCCCGCCCCUGUUGUAGCAGCAGCCCCAGCACCCGCUGUCGCUGCCGUCGCUGCCGUCGCUGCCCCUAAAUCGAGCAUCAUCCAAUCCAACCCUGGCUCCUACUCCGAGCUUACAAACUUCUACUGAACUUAAAGUGGUUGGUAGUAGACAGUUGCCACUGGUGAUAAGAAGACCCGAACAAAUUCCGGCCUUUAUAUGUUUUUGAUUCUGUUAAUACGACUUUAAUAGAGUUUUUUAAUGGUUUUCUGAA